CACGUCGUUCUUGCACAUUGGGCCUGCAGGUGCGGUUCAUCACUGACAGGGAUCUGCAUUUUUUGUUCUUGUCAGCACCUUCAAGAUGCAUACAUUUUAUCUUGCUGCCUUAUUACUAUGUGCUACCUGUGCAUUUGGUGAUGAUGAUGAAGUUACAAGAAAGCUGCACGCUGUCUGGAACCCGGGAUGCAGUGAGCAGUCUCCGCCGGACGUGUGCGCGGCCCACCGACUGCUGUACAUCAACGCCUCGGCGCCGUCAGACACGCUGCACGUGUACAUGGCGUUGUGGGACACGCCAGCGUGCCUUCUGCUGCGCACGCCCGGCGGAGUGACCCCGCAGAUCAACUGGACUGAGUUGGUGUCAGACAAUCCGGAGGGUGCCCUCAUGGCCGACUCCGUGCUGGCGUCCUACGGAUUCAGCAUGGACCAGCUGCUGGAGUUUGACGACCCGAAGGACACGGCCGACUGGGGCAAGGCGGCCAACCGCACGCUGUACAACAUGGCCGACCUGGACUUCACGAAAGGCACGCUCACCAGCAGCAACAGCAGCUCGGAGGUGCGACUGAGCCUGCAGUCGCCGCCGCUGAACUUCUCCGGCCUUGGAAGCGCCGGCACAGUCACCAUCCAGCUGCUGAUGCUGAACAGCGCCCGGCGCACAGACCAGCUGCCGCACCUGCUGCAGACCGGCGAUUCGGUGGUGGUCGACGUCCUACUGCGCGGCCUGGAGACCAGCUCCGGCUUCGGCCAUCCCAGGUUCGGGGUGCGUCUGACCACCGCGGGAAACGAGCCCGAGAAGCUAAACCUGACCAAGAGCCUAGACGACGAGUACACGCCGGGCGUAUUCAAGCUGUACAGCCUCGGCUCGUCGGAGGCGGCCGGCUUCGUGCAGUGGCGGCCGGUGGCGUACACGGCCGCCGAGAGCACGAUCGAGCACUCGACCUCAGUGCGGCAGUACAAGCCUGACGUCGGACGACGAGCCGCCGGCCAGUCCGCUGCUGCGCGCCUUCUUCACGGACGGCCCGCUGCGACACACGCUGCCGGUGACGUUCGGCAUCGCCGAGGACGGCUGGUACUCGGACGCCAAGUUCGCACAGUGGUCGGUGACGGUCGGGUUGGGUGCGGCGCCGAAGGACCAGUUCUCGCUGAUGGUGAUCCUGCUGCUGGGCAUCGGUCUCGGCCUGCCGACGCUGGCGCUGCUCGGCGGCGGUGUCUGGAUGGGCGUCCGCCGGCUGCGCGGCCGGGCAGCCGGGCCCACCCACCUCAUCGACAAUGAGGGCGAGGAGUGAGCCGGCCGGCCACCGCCAGCCCCCCGCCCUCUCGCGCUGCACGGCGCUCUCGUGCUUACACACGCUGAUCUGUGGGGUGGCCAGCGAACUGCGCGGUGUGAUUGUCUGAUUGCCGGCUCGGGCCUGGGUCUGUCUGACUGCCGGCCCGGUCCGGGUCUGUGUGCCUGCCGGCUUGGGCCUGGGUCUCUGUGACUGCCGGCUCGGGCCUGGGUCUGUCUGACUGCCGGCCUGGUCCGGGGUCUGUGUGACUGCCGACUCGGGCCGGGGUCUGUGUGCCUGCCGGCUCGGGCCUGGGUUUGUGCGACUGCCGGCUCAGGCCUGGGUCUGUGUGACUGCCGGCUCGGGCCUGGGUCUGUGUGACUGCCGGCUCGGGCCGGGGUCUGCGUGACCGUCGGCUCGGGCUGGGGUCUGUGUGACUCGGCUCGGGUCGGGGUCUGUGUGACUGCCGGCCCGGGCCUGGGCCUGUGUGACUGCCGGCUCGGGCCUGGGUCUGUGUGACUGCCGGCUCGGACCUGGGUCUGUGUGACUGUCGGCUCAGGCCUUUGUCUCUGCGACUGCCGGCUCGGGCCGGGGUCUGUGUGAUUCGGGCGCUGAUUUUUGCGAUGUGGACAAACAAAUCUGGACUCCAGACAUGCCGAUUUUGGCAGUUAUUGGUAGGGUAAUUGUUGGUCUGAUUGUAGUAAAAGUGGGGCCUCUUCAUCCCAUGAACGAAGUAUCAUCGGCGCUUUCCUCAGUCUUCUGAUGCACCAGGGCUUCCGACCCUCCCGCGCCGGCAGUAUCGCAGAAGCGUCUCACUGGAUUAAGCACUGUCAGGGUGCCUCCCGAGCAGCACGUGGCAGCGACUCGUGCAGAUUUGUGCUUACUUCAGAGCUGUGAUCUCCUAUUGCCUGCUGUUAGAACUGGUGACAUUGGAGUCCGUAGACGAUGGUCCGGUCGUGUCAUCAGAUGUUUACAACAGUGAUAUUAACCGGGUGUAGUGGUACGCCUUCUGAUUCUACACAUUGUACUGUGUUAUAGGCAUGCGUUGAACAACAGACUUGAGGACUGAACUUGCAGACUUGGGUAGCAGUGAACCCAGCACGAACCUAUAUUUCCCUUACUGUAAUGUGUUGUAAAUGUGUACCGUGUAUUCUUCGAUUUCGGCUCUGUUAGGUCCACUGACAUCCAGAGCGCGCUGUUUAGGUGCACGGAACUCGAGGCGCCCCAGCAGCUGUGCUGAACUUGGUUGGACUCCCAGCACAGUACAGUAACGUGGACCGGCACUGGCUGGCCCAAACCCAGCAGCAUGCAUGGACCCUGGCCCAAAAGCCUCGCCCGGAGUCCCAAUGUUUUUUGUUCGAGUCCCGAGUUCACCCCUGUUACAUGGCCUGAGUCCAUCCAUUUGCUUGGUUCGGAAGUCGGAGUCCGCAGGCUGAGUCCGAUUCCGGUUCGGAACCUUAAUGCUAGAGUACGAGUUUAUCAGUUUCUUGCCGCAUCGCACAGGAUCGAGAUAAUCCGUCCUCCUCUACAGCGAUCUGUAUCGCUUUCAUAACGGUAUUCCCGUUGAGCAAUGGCUGAAACUCUAGCCAAACGGGAGCAAAAUACGAGUUUGAGUCCGCACGUGAGUUUUUUUGCGAAAUGAACCAACUCCCCGGAGCCGCCCAGGAUAUCGUUGGUCUGGGCAACAGGCUGCAUCCAGGCAGACUCGAACUCAUGCCCUAUGACCAUGCGGAGACGACGUGAGUGGGUGCCAUGAAUCGUUUGGCUCAAGUCGAUGCUUAAAGGAACGGCCGUUGAUUCU